UUCCAUAGUUUCAGUUUCACAAUGUUAAAAAUAUUAUAGCUGGUUAUGAGGCUCUGCAGGUUUUUACAUGGAAAACGAAAGUUAACAACAUAUCACACAAUGGCUUCCAGUGGUGUAAAUGAACUUAGCGACCAGGAAGACUUCAGCAACUCUGAAAGUUCUACAGAAGAACAAUCCGACAGCGAUACAGAGCCACAAGAGGCACAUGAGUCACCUGGCGACUUAGCCCAGAUUCAACAGGUUCCUGGAACGCCUUGCAGGCACUACAACAAUGGUCACUGCCGGGAUGGGAAAGGUUGCCACUACCUCCACGUCUGCAAGUAUGCCCUUAAAGGGGGAUGUCGCCAUGGCGCAGAGUGUCCCCUGAAGCACCCCCGCUCCUCCCCUGACAGUGAUGGGAGUUCUGGGAGCAGAGAAAGGAGAAGGUCCUCAGGGAGAGAAGGAGGUGAGGCAAAGGAAAGGAGAUCUUCAUCUAGAGGGACUCCGCUUGAUAUUAGUGGUCCCUACAAAUGGCAAUUAAAUGAUGGACAUGAUUGGAUGGACAUUGCCAAUGAUCACAUUUUGGAAGCUCAAUAUUCCCAACCCCACGCCAGGGCUAUAAAACUCUACAACACCCCCUAUGGGGAAGUCUGUAUUGACUUCAAUUCGAUGAGAGUACGUGGUAAAAGGAAUCUGAGAGUGAGGCGUUUGGACGGUCAACAGACAGAUUGGAUCUGGUACUACCAUGCUAGCAGAGGAUGGACCAAGUACGGAGAAAAGGAUUCCAAGGGAAACCCAGGUCCCAUCCAGAGUUCAGAGAUUGAGACAAAAUUCCAAAGCAACCCCAAUGGUUCACUCACGUUCAACAUCGGCUUGAAUACCUUUGAGAUCAUAUUCAGACAAAUGAGACAGGUGAGCAGGAAGAGGAAGAGGAGAGUUGUCCGUCGUCCAAGGUACCAACCACCCCAAAACGCUAAUCUAACGGAUCGAGCCACGUCAGCUUUCCAGAGAAUGAGUAUGUCCUCAGCGCACCGUAGUGGAUCUCCUGAGUGGCAAUAUGCUGGGAAUAGUGGGAGAUGGCACACCUUCAAGCAUGGUUCAAGCUCAGUGUCCAGUGCUGACAUCGAGGUCCAGUACCAACAGAACCGCAGUGGAACCCUAUUCUUUACUGUCAAAGGACAGGCAUACCAACUGGACUUCUCAGCCAUGAGACAAACCAACCUUACAACACGGAUGAAGCGUAAAAUCAGGCGUUCCUAGACACAGAGGAAACAGCUCAGCACUCCAACAUUAGUACUGUUUUUAUUACUAUGACAUAUCAUUUAGAGAUUUCAGUGGAAUUUGAAAUUGCUGGUUUACUAUUUUCAACUUGAAAGAACCUGCCGUGAGCUUACCUACAGUGGGAAUACUUAACUGUAGCUGAAUAGGCCAAAAUGAAUGUACUUGCAAGGAAAAUGAAUUAUACUGAAGGCACAAUGUACGUAUGAAGAUGCAAACGAGAAGAAACAGCCAUGUGUACACAAGUACAUGUUGACUUUUAUUACAUGUUUGAAUGCUGGAGCAGACCAACAUACUCAGUUAGUUAGGAAAUCUAGUUUGUGUGCAUGAUGUUAAAAUGUAUGUGGUGUAACAGGGUGAGACACAAGGAAUGGACACAGUGUCAGUGUUCUGGGCCCUGCAGGGAAUUUAUUAACAAAAAGUGGAAGAAAUCAAAAACAGAAAGGAACCAAAAACCCUGGGUGCAGGAAUCAGCAUCCAGCUCUUCACUGCUGCCGAAGCUGGUUUCUUGGGGGCCCUUUUAGCUCCCCCUAAUGAGGCCUGAUUGGGGCAGUGUGUCUUUUCAAGGGGUGGAAGCUGAGCUGGAUUCACUUACAGCAAUAUGUGCCAAUAUAUUGUAAUGAGUAUUUUAGUUUGAAUGAUUGGCCGUUAAUGCUGAGAGUCGGCGGACUGACCGUUGUGCUACAGUACAUACCUCAAUCAUGUAAGACACCCAUUGAUGUCUAUUUGUUCAAUAGCCAAAUUUACUGAAUAAAAACAUGAACUCAA